AUGAUUCCUUGUAUUAGCCUCUUUCCAAAUGCUCAGUUUUAUGACAGGAAGAUUUUACAUGGUUCAAAUAUCCUGUCUCCUAGCUAUGACAAGGAUUAUACAUGCCUCCUGUAUGGCAGCUACACUCUUAUGAAUGUCACGGACGGGAGGGAAGACAAGGAGGGCACAGGAAACAGUCGACGAAACAUGGUUGAAGUUGCUGUUGUUCUGCACCUCAUCCAAACCAUCUUUAGAUGUAUGUCUAAGCUGAGCCCUCUCUUUUCUUGCAUCCUUAGUAUAUCCUGCCUCGAUGUCCUUGGUUGGAAAAGUACAGGCAAAGCGCUUAGCAUCGGUGUGGUCUCUUCCUAUAGUCUCAAUUUGAUGCUAUUAAAGAUAGACUUGAUAAAAAAUACAACACAUGUGAUGGCUUUCAUGUGCGCAUCAAGUCUAUUGAUGGUUUUCAAGGAGAAGAGGAUGAUAUAUUAA